AUAUCCACCUCUAACGUUUCGUCAAAACACAAAUGAUAAUACAAUUUUAAAGACAAAAAUUCUAAUUAGAAUUUUAAAAUAAAUGGUUAUUAAAAUAAAAAUCGCAUUGUCACACUUACACAAUUCACCUAUAGGAGUAACCAAAUAGAAGCAAGCAUCCAAUCAGCGGCACCCAACUGCUUAUCACCAAAAGCGACAAGCCCAAAAACAACAACAACAACAACAACAAAAAUAACGAUAGCGCAACAAGCUGUUGCUCUGCGGAAUCGGAAUCGGAACUUCUGUGCGCGGAGAAAGUCUCGAGCACUUUGAGGUCUGACGUGUCGCUUGAUUGCGGGUUAUAGAAGAAAGGAACAGAAACGGAGCAGAGAUGUGUGGCAAUCCGGCUGUGGGCAACGGGACAAGGGCGUUGAUUCUGGUUGGGGGCUAUGGCACCAGGCUGCGACCUCUGACCCUCAGCACGCCCAAGCCCCUGGUGGAGUUUGCCAACAAGCCGAUCCUGCUCCACCAACUGGAGGCACUCGUGGAUGCGGGAUGUCGCCAGGUCAUUUUAGCCGUCAGCUAUCGCGCUGAGCAAAUGGAAAAAGAGCUGAAAGUGGAGGCUGAUAAACUGGGCGUGGAACUGAUCUUCUCCCAUGAAACAGAACCCCUGGGAACAGCAGGACCCUUGGCUCUGGCAAAAAACAUUCUAACAGCCAGUUCGGAACCGUUCUUCGUGCUCAACUCGGACGUGAUUUGCGACUUUCCGUUCAAGCAACUAGUGCAAUUUCACCGCAAUCACGGGAAGGAAGGCACCAUUGUGGUCACGAAGGUCGAAGAACCCUCAAAAUACGGCGUUGUGCUGUACGACGAGAACGGCUGCAUCAAGAACUUCAUUGAGAAGCCGCAGGAGUUCGUAAGCAACAAGAUCAAUGCCGGAAUCUACAUCUUCAAUCCCUCCGUCCUCGACCGCAUCGAAGUAAAACCCACAUCAAUUGAGAAGGAGGUGUUUCCGGCAAUGGCCCAGCAACAGGAGUUGUAUGCCAUGGAUCUAACUGGAUUCUGGAUGGACAUCGGACAGCCCAAAGACUUUCUAACCGGCAUGUGCCUUUAUCUGAGCUCGCUGCGCCAGAAGCAAUCACCCAAGCUGUACACAGGACCUGGAGUCGUGGGGAACGUUCUGGUGGAUCCCACGGCCAAGAUUGGCGAGGGCUGUCGCAUAGGACCCAAUGUAACCAUCGGACCAGACGUGGUCAUCGAGGAUGGGGUGUGCAUCAAGCGCUCGACCAUCCUAAAGGGCGCCAUUGUUCGCUCACACUCUUGGCUGGACUCCUGCAUCGUCGGCUGGCGCUCCACCGUGGGUCGCUGGGUUCGCAUCGAAGGCAUCACGGUGCUGGGCGAGGAUGUGAUUGUCAAAGAUGAGCUGUACGUGAAUGGUGGCCAAGUCCUGCCCCAUAAGAGCAUUGCAGCCAGCGUUCCAGAGCCCCAGAUCAUCAUGUGAGCCUGAGGCCCAGACCAAUUUGUGUAAAUACAACCUAGUUUUGUUCACUUCCGCCGCUUCGGUAUUCUAUAAAGGUGCCUUCUCACCUACGAUUUGCAAUAUUCACACGAAGGGAAAAACGAGAAACAUUUCCAACAGUUAGCUUUGCUACCUACUUAUAAACUAGAGCUCAAUUCCCUUCUUCGACGAAGGUGCGAAAAUAAUACGUAUAGUCUGAGCAUUGACGCAUCAGCUGGAACUUUUUGUACUAUGAUAAGGAGAGCAUAACUUUAAUUCUUAAAAUUCGAUACUUUAGUAAAAUAUACGUACGCUUGUACAAAAAAAUACCAAAAAUGG